AUGGCAGGGGCUACCGAAGCGUCGCUGCUGGAUUGCGAGAUGUCCAUCAAGACUGCGCGUCUUGAAAAGCAAUAUGAAAAGGCGAUUGCGGACUCGGCGCGUCUGCUGGAUACGGAGCGAGACCGUGUGAGGCGGAUGGAACAUCUGCUUCUCCAAUUCGAUCGCGACGCUUUGUGGUCACAGCUCGACCAGGCCAAUGAGCGAUUACUUGGGUUUACACGGGUCCAGUCCGAGGCACGUCUUCAAUUGGAUGAAGCCUUCCAGGAAAUUGAUCGCCUAGAUCAGUAUGUGCAGGCUUCGUCAAGCGAGAUCGAGAGGCUGAAGGAGGAGCUUGCAACACUCCAUAAUACGUCACGCGGCUACAGUACGCUUCUCACCGAGAAGCUUCAUCUCUCACGAGAGCUAUCAAAUCUCAAAUCCGAACUGGAGCGGCUGCAAACGCAGGAUUCCUCCCAACAGGCGAUGGUGGCUGAGAAACACGCGAUGGAGCGACAACUCAAUUCAUUAGAGCUUCAGCUCGAAAAUGAGAAGCAUUCUCACGAACGCACGCGUGCGAAGAGCUCCGCACAAGCGGCACAGAUCACCACUCUCACAUGCAAGAUCGAAGAGCUCCAAAGUGACGUCACAAGGGAACAACGAGCAAAGCAACAGCACGAACGAGAUGGCAAGCAACAGAAUGCGGGAUGGGAAAAAGAGCGAUCGGUACUUGAGGGGAAGCUCGAAACGCUGCGUGGGCAACUCCGGUCGACUAAGGACAAGCUCCAGGAAGCCCAGCACGAUUUGCAGCAACGACGCAGCAACAUCCGCGGUAGCGAAGGGGAUGGCGCUGAACCACGAUCGCGAAUGGUUCCCCUCCAACGUCCCGGCCCCAGCGCAGACCCCUAUGGCGGCGUGACCAUUGCUACCCCAGGAGCGGUGCGGGUGCAAGAGAAGCCAAAGAGGCAAUCCGCGCUGCCGGGCGACAAAUCCGCAUUUUCCAUCACCCCGUUCUUGAACCGCACUGGUGCCGCCCCUCGCGAUACCUCAAUGAGCUCUGAUGUGGACGAAGAGGAAAUUGAACAGGCAGUGAAGGAAAGCCAUACAUCAAUGCGAAAGCCCGGUGGCGCCGAUGACCCGAGUGACCCAGAACUAUCCCCGAGCGACUCAGCAGGCCCAACCCGCGCGCUCACCAAGGCGAAAGCUGGUAAGACGAAGCCACUCGCACGAGUGGGACCACCUGCAGCAUCGAAAGUAGCAAAGGAAUCGAAACAGCAUCUCAGUCACCCUGUCAGGAAUAUUCCUCUUGCGGAGCCCGAGGAUCAACUACAUGAUGGGCUGGCGGAACAAGGUCCGGCGAAAGCAAAGAGGCGGAAACUUGGGUCUCAGCGGGAGCGCAAUCUGUUCGAGGACGAAGACGAGAAUGAGGAUAUACCUGACCUCCGUAAACCGGGACGGAAGUUGACUCUCGGAGCCGGGCGCAGCUCGGUGCUCGCUGCACCAUUGUCUAGUGCUGCAUCGGGUGGGGAUCGAUUAGCUCGCGGUGGAGGGUUCGGCGCGGCCGUGGGAUUCUCGCCCUUGAAGCGAGACCGAAUGCGAUACGCGUUGGGAGCUCGCCAAGUGGAGAGAGUCUCCGCGUCGCGUGCCGGUCGUUUCUGCCGGCAGAACACCUUUCCUUCUUCCUCCGCGAAAGCUCGUCCUCCUCUCUCCAGCUACUACGUCAUGUUUACAUUCUCUUCGGCCCAGCCUCGAGCUGUCUGGGGCUUGGGGCUGUUUGGCCAGAUCCGUCAAGCAUCGUCGAAGCGCUGGCAGGCUCGGCAGCAUAAGGAUCAAUUCACGAGAGAGGCGACAGUGCAAGGCCUGAAAAGCCGAGCUGCGUUCAAGCUGUUGCAGAUCGAUGAAAAAUACCGGAUUUUCAGGAGUGGACAAACUGUUGUCGACUUGGGCUAUGCACCAGGGUCAUGGUCACAAGUAGCCGCGAGUCGGACUCAGCCCAACGGCCGGGUCCUUGGCGUGGAUAUCAUCCCGGCGCAACCACCCAAAGGAGUUUCCACCAUUCAGGGGAACUUCCUGGCGCCCCAAGUCCAAGCAUAUAUCCAAGAGUUCUUGCGCAACCCUAAUAGGGGUCGACCUCGGCAGGCCGGGGCCAUCGAUGACGCCAAUCCCAGUCUGCUCGAGCCAGCCAGCAAUGCCGACGCCGAUGCAGCACGAACUGCCGAUGAAAGACAGGAAAGGACGGUGGACGUGGUUCUCAGCGAUAUGUCUGCUCCCUGGCACCAGACGUCCGGUUUCUGGAAACGAAGUCUAAGUAAUCCCUAUAACAGGAUGAUGAACACCAGUGGAAAUAACUUCCGAGAUCAUGCGGGUAGUAUGGACCUCUGUCACUCUGCUUUACGCUUCAGUUCGGACGUCCUCAAGGCAGGUGGGCAUUUUGUCUGCAAAUUCUACCAAGGAGCAGAAGACAAGGAGUUGGAGAAACAGCUGAAAGACUUAUUUCAGAAGGUCCAUCGACUCAAGCCCGAGUCAUCCCGCAGCGUCCGCCUUGUCUUUUCCCAGGCACCACUGGCUAUUAGCUAA